AUGGAGAUCGUCUUCAAGCCUUCAUCAUUGAAAACGAAGGUUUCAAUUGUCGAUUUCAUUAAGAGAGUAGAAAAGCUCGGGAAAGAUGAUCCUAGGAGAAUCAUGCACUCAUUCAAGGUGGCAUUAGCAAUCACAUUGGUCUCUAUGGUUUACUAUCUUAGGCCAUUAUAUAAAGGCAUAGGUGAUGCAGGCAUUUGGGCUAUCUUGACAGUCGUCGUUGUUUUUGAGUACACGGCCGGAGCAACCUUAUGCAAAGGUAUGAAUAGAGGUUUGGCCACUUUGGUAGCCGGUGUACUAGGCCUUGGGGCCAAAUACUUUGCUAGCCUAUUCGGACCGAAGGCUGAACCCAUUGUUCUUGGAUGCCUUGUCUUUGUUCUAGUCGCGGCAGCUACCUUUACAAGAUUCAUUCCUCAUAUAAAAAGGAGGUACGAUUAUGGGGUGCUAAUAUUUAUCCUCACAUUCAGUUUAGUAGCUGUGUCGGGUUAUCGUGUUGAUAAGAUCUUAGAACUAGCACACCAACGAUUAUCGACAAUUAUCUUAGGUGGUGCAACAUGUAUUAUAAUUUCCCUAUGUGUUUGCCCUGUAUGGGCCGGCGAAGAUGUUCAUAAUCUUAUCAUUUCGAAUUUGGAAAAGCUUUCUCGCUUCUUAGAAGGAUUUGGAGGAGAAUUUUUCCAAUUUACAGCAGAAGGAGAUAAAGCAGAUGAAUCUAAAGAAACUGACAAAUCAUUUCUUGUAGCUUACAAAAGUGUUCUUAAUUCUAAAGCCACUGAGGAAUCCCUGGCAAAUUUUGCAUGGUGGGAACCAGGACAUGGCAACUUUCGGUUUAGUCACCCAUGGAAACAAUAUAUGAAGAUUGGUGUUCUUACAAGGCAAUGUGCAUACCAUAUUGAAGCUCUAAAUGGAUAUCUUGAUCAUUCCAAAUUUCAAGCAUCUUCAGACUUUGGAAAAAGUGUUCAAGAACCAUGUACAAAAAUGAGCAUGGAGGCUGGAAAAGCUCUAAAGGAAUUAGCAUUAUCAAUAAAGUCAUUUUCUUAUCCUUCUAACUCGAUCAUGCAUCUACAAACAUCUAAAAAGAUGGUAAAAGAGGUAAAAACGACGCUGCAAACUUCAUUGGUAGGAGAAUGGGAUCUUCUUGAAACAAUACCAAUCAUCACAGUCGCGUCAAUACUAAUCGACAUAGUUAAAUGCAUCGAUUCAAUCUUUGUGGCCGUUGAAGGGCUUUCAGAACAAGCCCGAUUCACAAAAUCCUUGAAUGAAAGCGAAAAAUCACAUCUUUGUAGUGGUGAAGUUGUACAAUCUGUUCCUCAUGAUGAUCAAGAUAAAGGUUUUGUUGCUGUUAUGAUACACAAGAUUUUUCCAUAA